AGUUUCCACCUAGUUAUGCUGGUAUAUCUGAACUGAAUCAGCCUGCUGAACUUUUACCUCAGUUUUCUAGCAUUGAAUAUGUAGUUCUGCGUGGUCCUCAGAUGCCUUUGAUAUUCCUCUAUGUGGUUGAUACUUGCAUGGAAGAUGAAGAUUUACAAGCCCUGAAAGAAUCCAUGCAGAUGUCAUUAAGUCUUUUACCACCUACAGCUUUGGUUGGACUUAUUACUUUUGGGAGAAUGGUUCAGGUUCAUGAACUUGGAUGUGAAGGCAUUUCAAAAAGCUAUGUCUUCAGAGGAACAAAAGAUUUGUCAGCCAAACAACUGCAGGAAAUGUUGGGGCUCUCUAAAGUACCAGUUACUCAAGCAACACGUGGUCCUCAGGUACAGCAGCCACCUCCUUCCAACAGAUUCUUACAACCAGUACAGAAAAUAGACAUGAAUCUCACAGAUCUUCUGGGAGAACUCCAGCGAGACCCUUGGCCUGUACCACAGGGAAAGAGACCUUUGCGUUCCUCCGGAGUGGCACUUUCCAUAGCUGUAGGACUGCUGGAGUGUACUUUUCCCAACACUGGUGCUCGCAUCAUGAUGUUCAUCGGCGGUCCUGCUACUCAGGGGCCUGGAAUGGUGGUUGGAGAUGAGUUGAAGACACCUAUAAGAUCGUGGCACGACAUUGACAAAGACAAUGCCAAAUAUGUUAAAAAGGGAACUAAGCAUUUUGAAGCAUUGGCUAAUCGAGCUGCUACAACUGGCCAUGUUAUUGAUAUCUAUGCAUGUGCAUUAGAUCAGACAGGUCUCCUGGAGAUGAAAUGCUGUCCCAACCUUACUGGAGGAUACAUGGUAAUGGGUGAUUCUUUCAAUACUUCCUUAUUCAAACAAACUUUUCAAAGAGUCUUUACCAAAGACAUGCAUGGACAGUUUAAAAUGGGCUUUGGUGGUACACUAGAAAUAAAGACCUCAAGGGAAAUAAAGAUUUCAGGAGCUAUUGGACCCUGUGUGUCGCUCAAUUCUAAAGGACCCUGUGUGUCUGAAAAUGAGAUAGGAACAGGUGGCACAUGUCAGUGGAAGAUAUGUGGACUUAGUCCCACUACAACCUUAGCCAUAUAUUUUGAGGUUGUCAAUCAGCAUAAUGCUCCAAUUCCUCAAGGAGGGCGUGGUGCAAUCCAGUUUGUGACUCAGUAUCAGCAUUCAAGUGGGCAGAGACGCAUCCGAGUGACCACCAUUGCUAGGAACUGGGCAGAUGCUCAAACUCAAAUCCAAAACAUUGCUGCAUCUUUUGACCAGGAGGCAGCUGCCAUUCUUAUGGCCCGACUAGCAAUAUAUAGAGCAGAAACAGAAGAAGGUCCAGAUGUGCUUAGGUGGCUGGACAGACAGCUCAUUCGACUGUGUCAGAAAUUUGGAGAAUAUCAUAAAGAUGACCCAAGUUCCUUCAGAUUUUCAGAAACUUUCUCCCUUUAUCCACAGAGGGGAGACUUCCCUAAAACCUCUGGCGAGAUUUUGGAGAAUCGGGAAAAGGCAAGGUCUACUUGUCUUAAGUUUAUGUUUCAUUUAAGAAGAUCCUCUUUCCUGCAAGUUUUUAACAAUAGUCCUGAUGAGAGUUCAUAUUAUCGUCACCAUUUUAUGCGUCAGGAUCUGACCCAGUCUCUAAUUAUGAUUCAGCCUAUCCUGUAUGCAUAUUCUUUUAGUGGACCACCAGAGCCGGUUCUUCUUGAUAGCAGUAGCAUUCUUGCAGAUCGUAUUCUUCUCAUGGACACAUUCUUCCAGAUUUUGAUUUAUCAUGGUGAGACCAUAGCACAGUGGCGGAAGUCAGGAUACCAGGACAUGCCUGAAUAUGAAAAUUUCCGCCACCUUCUGCAAGCCCCAGUGGAUGAUGCACAGGAAAUUCUUCACUCCAGAUUUCCAAUGCCAAGAUACAUUGACACUGAACAUGGAGGCAGCCAGGCCCGUUUCCUCCUUUCAAAAGUCAACCCUUCACAGACUCAUAAUAAUAUGUAUGCCUGGGGGCAGGAGUCUGGAGCACCUAUUCUUACAGAUGAUGUUAGUUUACAAGUGUUUAUGGAUCACUUGAAGAAACUUGCUGUGUCCAGUGCUGCUUGAAGUGCUAAACAUGUUAAAGACACUUAAGAAGAUGAAAUAAUAUUCAAAUUUCAUUUUUUCCUCUUUCCAUUUAUCUGUGGAAACCAACAGAUAUUGCUCUAUAUUUUUUGUAUUAGUAUGGUUUGAGACAACAUAGGGAAAAUAUUCACAUUUGUAGAUUAAGCUGGAAUUAUAAUGAGAGCAAUAAGAACAAAUUUAUUUUGCUUACCACAGUGUUAUAACUGGUUCUAGAAAUUUGAGGUCUUUAUAACUUAAUUAUGUUUAAUAAAAAUAGAGUCUGCCUUGUACUACAGAUGUAAUUUAUUUGUAUAAUGCAGACAGACCCAAAGUGGCACUGAAUUUCCUUGCUCACCUUUUAAAAACUUGUUCCUUAAUUUUAGCCAGAAAGCUAAAAAACAUUAGUAAUGAUAAAUGUGAACAUUUUUGCUUAUUCAUUGAAUAUUUUUCUGUAAUUUUCAGCACUUAUGUAUACACUUUUUCUGUACUUACUAGGGUAAGGCAGAUUUAUUUUUAUGAUUUGUUUAGGAAUUAUUUGAUUUUAUAAUGGUAAUUUUCAUGAUGAUAAUGUUUUUGGUUAUUUGGAAAGAUAGUUUAGAGAUGAAAGUUUUUUUUUGGGUAACAAUCCCGCAGCUGACAAUAAAUGUGAAAUUUCCACAAAAUAUCCAACCUAUGUGACUAAACACAACAGUUUUUUUUAAAAAGGGAGAUAGAAAAUAAAUCGUUUUGUUGGAGUGCAUUUUACUAAGCCUUUGCAGUAAAAUGACUGUUGUAACUACUAAACCAAAUUUAGUUUUCACAGCAUGGUUUUGUUGUUUUUCCCUUGUUUUUCUGAGGUAAAUUUUAUGUUAUAUCCUUCAGUAUUUUAACACUACUUUGGCAGUUUACACAUUACUUUUUGUUUUUCCUUCCUUUUUGUGAAAUUUAUUAAGUUGUGGUUCUUAUUGAUAACAGUAUUAUAUAAUGUUUGCUUAAUUAUAUCAUGUGAUGCUCAGUUCUAUUUUGAUUUAUUCAUUGGUAUUCACUUUUACCUUUAAAGUUUACUUGUAGCAAAUAUGUUUACAUUGAUAAAGCCAGAUAUGUUUUGACAAUGAAAUUUACAUAUCAAGUACUGCAAAUAAAAGGUGGUGCUAUGAUAUAUGCUUAGGAGGACAGUUUUAAUGACUGUACUUGCAUGAACACAAUCAUAUGAUGGUAAAACAGAAACUUAAGAAAAAAUUGUUUAUAUGUUAUUUUCAAUUAGCUUAAAUAAAUUGCAUUGUUAUAUUUUAUUUGAAUUGAACUGUGCUAGGCCUAAAUGCCAAUAAAAUAUACUUUUCACUGUU